AUGAAACAAAAGUGGUUAAUCAACACCGAUCUUGUAUUCCAGAACUACCAAAACCUUCGAUCAUGGAGCAGCGAGAGCUCUCAAAUCGGCGGACUCGUUUUUGGUAGACCAACGCGCAAGGAAAUAGUCCUUGUUAUUUUUAUUCCAUCGGAGACUCUCACCCUUUCCGCUGUGCAAUUUAUGCUGAGUUGCAUGAGCGCAGAUGUCCACCUCGUGGGAAAUGUUUGUGUAGACGGAAAUGAAGUCACUACUGUUGGAGAUGGGUUUACACUAACAACAACCAAAGACAUAUUGGAAGCUGCUGAUGCAACUACUUUUCUUACAAAUAAUGAUCUUCUAAGACAUAGCACCGUCAUACCUGAAGGAUUAUCUGUGAGAGUACAGGUCGGUUUUUCUUGUGCGCUGCGAAGUGGUGUUGAGGCUGAAGAUCUCCAAAAUGGGAUGGAAAAGUUCAUAUCAAGGCUAGACCAGUUGUCUUUUGCUAGUGUGGACAGAGAUAUACUGCUUCGGAAAGACAUGAACAAGGAGAUGACUGACAAGCAGCGUCACAUCUUCGAUGAUCUUUCGCGCAGUGCCUUACAGUAUAAGGAUUAUGUGGAACUUUCUACAUACCGUUGUUUAGCAUUAACGAGCAAAGACGAUUCUGAAGAUCAGAAAAUGGUACCAAUUGUUCGAAUAACUCGUGACGGUACGGAAUACAAGCGUUUCACUGCCAAUCUGACUGCCACGGUUCCGGUCGUUUUUGGUGACUGUCCUAAUACUCUCUACAAUUGCUUACUCGAAGGAAUUCGACGACGAGUCUAUAGCAUGGUUUAUGUGAUGAAUAAUGGGCUACACUGUGCUAAGAAAAAUGUAGCUCCUACGAUAUCGCAAGUUUUCCUACCUGCUGGGUGGUCAUCUUUUCUCCACAUCCAGUGCCCACUUGGUGACGGUGUAGAACAACAAUCGUUUCGUGUCGAGCUCCACAAACUGUUCAAUCUUCCACUCAAUGUGCCAUGUCUCCGACCUGCGCAAGCCGUAACCUUCGCUCCAUCAAAGCUGUUACGAUCGCCUCAUCUCUAUAUAAGUAAUUAUAAACAACGAGGUGUCGUCUCCGUUGUGAAGGGCGAUUACCAUUACCACCACUACAUGCAAGAUGGAAUAGAUGAUGCUGGUUGGGGAUGUGCUUAUCGCAGCCUGCAGUCUAUUUGGAGUUGGUUCAUCCUCAACGGCUUCACGAAUAAGUCUGUGCCCACUCAUGUGGAAAUUCAGCGGUGCUUGGUGGACAUCGGUGACAAGGAAGAAAGGUUUGUGGGCAGUCGACAGUGGAUAGGCAGCACAGAGAUAGGCUUUGCUCUUGAUCACCUGCUUGGAAUCGAAUCACGCUUCAUCGUUACCAAUUCUGGGGCCGAAGUUGCUGAAAGAGCGCGCGAAUUGGCACUACACUUCCAAACAGUUGGUACCCCUGUGAUGAUAGGUGGAGGGCAGCUGGCCCAUACCAUUCUCGGUGUGGACUUCGACGAAAAUUCCGGUGACUGCGCCUUCCUGGUACUCGAUCCACACUACACGGGUUCAGAGGAUCUCAAAGUGGUGCUGAGCAAGGGUUGGUGUGGAUGGAAACCGCCCACAUUCUGGAAUCCUGAAUUCUUUUAUAAUAUAGUAUUACCUCAACCUCCGAAGAAUACUCUGUGA